AUGGCGGACGAGUUCCCUGAGCAGGGGCAAGUGCUGCAUGGGCAGAAGCUGUUACAGUUAAAUUCCACCGAUGACAUACUGCAACGAAUAGACAGGGCAUUUAAGAGAUUCUGGCAGCAACUUAAAGCUAAAACGCUGCCCUCACAGCCCAAGCCACAUCGGAGACUAUGCAUCGAUGGGGACCUCGGAAACCCUGACCUCCUUGUGGGGAAAUCAAAACAGAACAAGCAUGAAACAAACCCGCAGGAGAGAGGGGCCACAAAGGCUGCUGCCACGAUGCCCAUGCUUCGGCAAAGGAAACCAGGGACCUGCAUCAAGCACAAGGCAACCCGAGCCCCUCGCGGCACUAGGACGAAGAUGGCAUCGACCUCAUAUAUGGCUCUGACCCACAGAACCUGGUGA